UAAUAUUCCAUAAUGAAUCGUCUUUUUGGUACUUCUAAAUAAGAACCCCCAAAAUAAUAACCUCCUCCUCCUCCAAAUCCUUAAUAACCAAAGGUUUUAGACUUGACAGAAUAACAAAAAAGAGUAUAAUUGAUUAACUAAAGAAGUCUGAGGCAAAAGUUCAGGAAUUGACAGAAUAAAUCUAAGAAUUAGAUAAAUAGAUAAGUGAACAAUAUUUAAAAGCUAAAAAUUCAAGGGGAGUUUAAUAAACUACAGCUAAGUCAAGAGCCGUAAUGCUUCUUAAGAGAAAGAAAAUGUAUUGACUUAAAUUCACAUUAGGUUGGAACAAUAAUUAGGAUAAAUGCUCAAUAAUUAAAUGACCUUAGAUUAGGUUGCUUUUACUAAAGAAAACAUUUAAAAUACUAUUGAAAUGGUAUUUCAUUUAAUUCUUAUUAUGUAAGGCUUAAGCAAUGUAGUAAGUUGUAGCUGUUCAAAAAGAAGCAUUCAAAGAAAUUGAUAUGGAUAAACUUGAUGGUAUUAUUUAUCCUAUAUAUCAUUAGAUCUAAUGGAUGAUAUGGAGGAUAUGAAAUUUGAAACAGAUUACAUGAAUGAGAUGAUGAAUAGAAAUUAUGGAUGUGAUAUUGAUGAAAGUGAAUUAGAUAGGGAAAUGGCAGAAAUUGAAAAUGACAUGAAUUUCAAUGCUUUUCAACCCCAAUAAUAAUAACAAUAAGUUCCUUAUCAAGUAUUUCUUUUAAAAUUUACACUUAGAGUCUAAAUGGCUAAAAAUAAGUUUAUAACCCUCAAACCAAUUGAUUUUCAUAUAUUCAUAUUAUAAC